CCCCCAUUUUACUAACGUGGCGGAAUAUCCGCCGUUGAUUUUCAUGUUCCCCUAGAUCCUAAUCAUUCAUCAUUCCAACCUUCUAACCAUAGUUACAGAAUUUCCCCUUUUAGUUUCUCUAAUCUCACACUUUGGCCCCUUUCACACUCCCUCUUUCAGCCAAACCAGCCGCUCAUGCAACCACCGCAAAGUCCCACAUCUAUUAAUUCCACACAGACAAUUAUGAGCAAAACAUCACGGGAUUAAAGUGGCUGUGGAUCACGAUUGAUCUAUGGAUGAAGUCAACGGCGUGGUGCCUCCGUACGCCGCCGGUGUCGGUGUCGGUGUCGGAUUCGGAGGCAAUUUUCGGAAAGUAUCGAGGGAGGAGGAUUGGAGGUUUCACGCGACGGAGUUCGCGAAGGGAGUGGCGGAAUUGAGUGUUGAAUUUGGGAAAGGAUGUAGGGAUGUAGUGAGGCAGAGUAUAUUGAGAGAUGAUUCGUUCGUUGUGAGACAUUUCGGAGGUCCGUGCAAGGCCGCUUGUACGAAAUUGAAGUUUUUAAACGAGUAUCUGCCUGAAGAUCGCGAUCCGAUGCACUCGUGGAGUGUGGUUUCCGUCGUUUUCGCCGUCGUUAUUGCAGUUCUAAUUGCAACCUCUGAAAGUGAUACAACCACCCAACUUAUACAAAAAUUACACAUAUACCCUCCAAAUGCAACCCGUAUACUAUUACCAGAUGGGCGACACUUGGCUUACCAUGAACAAGGCGUUUCAUUUGACUCCGCUCGAUUUACCCUCAUUGCACCACAUUCUUUCCUCUCAUCAAGACUUGCAGGAAUACCUGGAAUCAAGGGUUCACUACUACAAGAAUUUGGUGUUCGAUUGAUAACAUAUGAUCUUCCUGGAUUUGGGGAAAGUGAUCCUCACCCACAAAGGAACCUUGAAUCAUCAGCAAUGGACAUGUUAUAUCUAUCAUAUGCUGUUCAUAUAACAGACAAGUUUUGGUUAGUUGGAUACUCAUGUGGAAGCAUACAUACAUGGGCUGCACUCAAGUACAUUCCCGAUAGAAUUGCAGGUGCUUUCAUGGUAGCACCUUUGGUGAAUCCAUAUGAAGCAAGCAUGAAUAAGGUUGAGACACGUAGGACAUGGGACAAGUGGACAACAAAAAGGAAAUUUAUGUACUUUUUAGCACGGAAGUUUCCGGUAGUUCUUCCGUAUUUCUACAAACGCAGCUUUUUGUCAGGAAAUCUUGAUCGAAUAGAUAAGUGGCUCUCAAUGUCACUUGGAACAAGGGACAAGGGUAUUAUAGAAGAAGUGAAAUAUCAAGAAUUUUGGAAGCGGGAUUUAGGGGAGUCAGUUAGACAAGGUAAUGUAAAGCCAUUUGUAGAGGAAGCAGUGUUGCAAGUAUCAAAUUGGGGUUUUAGCAUAAGUGAUCUCAAUGUUCAGAAAAAACACCAAGGGAAAGGCGUAUUUUUUUGGCUUAAAUCUUUAUAUAAACGACCACAACAAGAGUUGACCGGUUUCCUUGGCCCAAUACAUAUCUGGCAGGGGAUGGAAGAUAGGGUGGUGCCACCAUCAAUGAAAUGUCAUAGACAGAUGUUGACCACAGUAUUCGGGAACCCUCAAGGUCCGUUGACUGUUGAAGUUGAUUUGAUUCCUCCUGUGAAGGAUAAGGAUGAUACUGAGGAAGAAAAUGAAGAGAUGGAAGAAGAGGUUGAAGUUAGUUAUUCAGAUGUUACUUUUAUUUAG